AUGGAUUUGUUUAAAAUUCUCGGUAGUGGUGCAAGAUUUAAUAAAAAUCGAUUUAAUGAAGAUAUUACAUUAUUUGAGCCUUCGAAUAGAUCGAAGAAAGUUAAUGAAACAGUUGAUAAUAAGUCAGAUACACAAAUGGACCUUAUACAAGAAAUUGACUUUUUUCAUAAUAGUAAAAGUGCAAUUAAUGAGACUUUAGGCAUAUCCAAAAGCAAAACAAAAGAAAUAACGGAAAGCCUAGAAGAAGUUCAAGAAGAAGAAGAAGGAAUUGAACAAGAAAUGUUUCGCAAGCGACAUCGAAUUCGCGUUUACGGAACGGAUAUUCCAAAUCCAUUUGGUUCAUUCGAUGAACUUGAGUCGAAAUAUGAUUUUCAAUCAUAUAUUUGUAAGAAUUUAAAAAGCUUUUCAUAUGGAAGAGAUUUAAUGGCUAUGGCGCCUACUGGGUCAGGUAAAACGUUGGCCUAUAUUUUGCCGAUCUUAUAUAAUUUGAAAGGUCCAGAAAAAAUGGGAUAUCGUGCGUUAAUUAUUUCUCCGACAAGAGAACUAGCACAACAGAUUUACAGGGAGAUCAAAAAAAUGAGCAUCGGAAAGAAAUUUAAGAUUUGUAUGUUAACGAAAGCGACUGCGUCCACACAAGCACAGGCGCCUCAACUAAGAGAAAAAUUUGAUAUUUUGAUUAGUACACCACUUCGUCUGGUUCAUGCAAUUCAAGAAGAAAACAUUGAAUUAAAAAACGUGCGUCAUCUAAUCUUAGAUGAAGCGGAUAAAUUGCUUGAAUUGGGAUUUUUAGAACAAACUGAUGAAAUAUUUGCCGCCUGUUCUAAUAUGAAAUUACAAAAGUCAUUAUUUAGUGCAACACUUCCUUCAGGUGUUGAAGCAUUGGCCAAUAAUUUUAUGAAGGAUCCCAUUAGAGUUGUAGUAGGCUUGAGAAAUGCAGCUACGGAGACGAUUAAACAAAAACUUGUCUAUGUAGGACAAGAAGAAGGAAAAUUAAUAGCUAUUCGACAAUUGAUACAAGAAGGGCUUAAACCGCCAGUAUUGAUCUUUGUACAAUCUAUUGAACGAGCAAAAGAAUUGUUUCAUGAACUAAUUUAUGAUGGUAUCAAUGUAGAUGUUAUACAUUCUGAAAGAACGAAGGCUCAAAGAGAUUCAAUUGUAUUAAAGUUUAGACAAGGAAAAAUAUGGGUAUUAAUAGCUACAGAAUUAAUGGCUCGUGGUAUGGAUUUCAAGGGUGUUAAUUUGGUUAUCAAUUAUGACUUCCCACAAUCUGUGCAAAGUUAUAUUCAUAGAAUCGGUAGAACUGGUAGAGCUGGUAGAGCUGGUGAAGCCGCGACUUAUUAUACAAAAGAUGAUGCUCCUUAUCUAAAGAGUAUUGUGAAUGUAAUGAGAGAUUCGGGAUGUGAAGUACCAGAAUGGAUGAUUCAAUUAAAAAAUCCUUCAAAAGUUUCUAAACAGCAAUUACGUAAAAAGCCUAUAGAACGUAAAACCAUAACUUCAAAAAAACGAAAAGCUCGUAAAUUGGCUUCUACCGCAAAUAAAUAUGGCGAUAAAGAUAAAAAGGAAGACAUAGGUCAACUCAAAAAUGAUGAUAAAACAAAAAAUAAUAUAUUGACAUCAUCAAAACCGUUGCCUUCAAAUAAGAGGAGAAAACGUAGUAGUGAAAAGGACAAGGAUUAG